UUUAUGUUUAAAACAGCAAAGGGAUUUCACUUUUGUUACUGUCUGUAUUAUCUACUGGCGAUGGCGGACAUCCCUGCAGUUUCUGAUAUAAAAAUUCCUGACGAUGCGAAGUUCGACGAAUUUCGCAAAAGGUGUCUAGAAGACAUUGAAUCGUGGAGUGAGGUGUAUAAGGACGAGAGGUACCAAGUUUGGUCUCGAAAAUCCCCGGAUUUCCCUAUAGAUGAGAUUAAGGCUAGGACAGUUUAUACAGACAUUGAAGCAGAUGUCCUUUAUGAUGUGUUACAUGACCAUGAGUAUCGUGCAGAAUGGGAUGAGAAUAUGUUGGAGGGCUAUGUCAUAGAGCUUCUUAACAAGAAUUCGGAGAUUGGUUAUUACUCUGGUAAGAUGCCGUCUCCUGUGAGCAAUCGAGAUUUCUGCAAUCUGCGUUCCUGGAAGGUGUUCGGCGAUAGCAAGGAGUACAUCAUUUUCAAUUAUUCUGUCAAACACGAUAAAUGCCCGGAAAAGAAAAACUUUGUUCGAGCGCAAUCUGUACUUUCUGGCUAUUAUAUACGUGCUCUGGAGAGUGGUUGCGAGUUCAUAUACUACAGUCAAAGUGAUCCCAAGGGUUGGAUUCCCAGUUGGAUUAUUAAUUUCUUUUUGAGCAAGUUUCCUCCUAAGUUGCUAGAUAAGCUGCAUACGGUUUCGCUGGAAUACCCUGCUUGGAAGAGUACCCAUAAUCCAGAAUACAAGCCGUGGCUCGAAACAGAAUAAAAGUGUUUUUUAUGAAUGUCCGAGGUUGCACUGAGGUUCGUUGAGACAGAGUGUGCAUCGAGAGCGCGUAUUUUGAGUGAGCAUGGGACUUUAGGGGUUUGAGGGGGGUUGUUUUUGGGCGCGUGGGGCGGAGCAGCACGU